AACAAAAUCUAUAAGUUUCCACGAACCAAAGUGCCUUGAAAAAUGGAAGAUAGAAAAUGAUAAACUCCCAAAAUCACAACUGCGUUCAUUACCAAAAAGCCAGAAGUUGCUGGUGGUAGUGGAGAAUAUGAUGUUGAUGCAAUAAAUGAAGCUGCCUGGCAAAGCACACAGUCUCAGCUAAUAUCUUGUGGAAACUGUGGAAGGACAUUUGUGCCUAAUAUGUUGUCUGUCCACCAGCGUGCAUGUAAGCCCAAGGGCUGGGCUGCAGCCAACAACAAUGUUGGCCUCAAACCAUCUUGGUGGCCUGAAGCAGCCAAAACAGGGAGCAAAGGGUGGACCGCAGACUGUAGUAUGCCACAUCUGCGGGCGAGAGUUUGGGUCCAAGUCAAUUGCAAUUCACGAGCCCCAGUGUCUUGAGAAAUGGAAGGUGGAGAAUUCAAAACUGCCAAAAGGUCAGAGAAGACCACUGCCAAAAAAACCUGAUGGAGGAAUAUCCAGAGAGGAGAUGAAUGACCUUGCCUGGGAGAAUGCGAAGGCCCAACUGAUCCCAUGUGAGAACUGCGGGCGUCGUUUUGCCUCAGACCGCCUGCCCGUCCACCAGCGAUCCUGCAAGCCCAAGGGUGGGGCAGGUGGUGGGGGCUCCACUGGUGGGGCAGGGGCUUUUGGGGGAGGUCAAUCUAAGGCUCCAGUUUUUAAGAAGCCUCCUUCUAUGGUGUGCUACAUUUGUGGACGCGAAUUUGGCACGAAGUCCAUUGCAAUUCACGAGCCCCAGUGUCUUGAGAAAUGGAAGGCAGAGAACUCAAAACUGCCCAAAGGUCAGAGAAGACCAAUGCCAAAAAAACCUGAUGGAGGAAUAUCCAGAGAGGAGAUGAAUGACCUUGCCUGGGAGAAUGCGAAGGCCCAACUGAUCCCAUGUGAGAACUGCGGGCGUCGUUUUGCCUCAGACCGCCUGCCCGUCCACCAGCGAUCCUGCAAGCCCAAGGGUGGGGCAGGUGGUGGGGGCUCCACUGGUGGGGCAGGGGCAUUUGGGGGAGGUCAAUCUAAGGCUCCAGUUUUUAAGAAGCCUCCUUCUAUGGUGUGCUACAUUUGUGGACGCGAAUUCGGCACAAAGUCCAUUGCGAUACACGAGCCCCAGUGUCUUGAGAAAUGGAAGGUUCAGAAUGACAAACUCCCGAAGGGCCAGCGGAGACCGGAACCUAACAAGCCAGAGGUUCGCUCUAUUGGAGCAACUGGUAAAUAUGAUGUAGACGCAAUGAACGAGGCAGCGUACCAGAGUGCAAUGUCAAACCUAGUACCAUGCCCGAACUGUGGGCGUACAUUCAACCCUGACCGUCUGACUGUACAUCAGCGUAGCUGUAAGCCCAAGGUGCCCAAGGAGGAUGCCUGAACAAUGGAUUGACCACAUUAUGAUGGACCACCUCUGUUUUAAUAUCAUUCCUUUAUACAGAUUUUAAUUGAAAUAGACAUACUUUGCUCAUAUACAUGUAUAUAUAUGUAUGUCAAACAAAGUGAGAGAAGGAUGGUUUUUCCUCAGUUGGUAUUAUUUUAUUACAACUUGAUAGGUCAUAAAGUAGUAACUGAAUGGAUAGAAAUGUAAAAAUUAUGUUAUUGUAUUGGGUUUUUUUUUUUAAGAAUAUUAAGUUUUAAAUUGUGUGAAAAUACUUUGCUUAAUUAACAUAUGUAUUUAAAGCGUUUAAUUGUGAAAAUUCAUUUUUUCAUAUAUAUGAUACCGGUAGGCAAAUCCAUAUAAAUUAUGUCUGAUGAGCUUUAAAUGUUUGUGAAUUGUUAUGCCCCAACACAUACUUGUAAGUCAUACAUGAAAAUGGUGUUCCAACCAAAAUGAUUAAGGCCUUCACCAAUUGGUAACUUUCUAUGAUUCUGGCAUUUUUUUAAACUUAUGUCUUGAAACAAAAUAAUUCAAAAUUUAGAUUAUUUCUAUUUCAUGACAUGAAAUUUCUCUAAUAAUCUGUUGUUGUUUUUAAAGCAGUUAUGCAAAUUAUUUUUAUGUAAAAAAAAAUAAUUCAACAUUGAUGGCCAGUUUUUUUUUUACUUUAACCGAGAAUUAUUCGAAAAUUUACUCCGAGUGAACUCGCCCAUUUUUCUUAAGGCGAAUUAUUCGAGGGAAGAAUAUUUGGCCGUUUUUUUUCUAAAUAACUCGAGAAUUAUUCCCGGGUAGUUUUAUAUUGUUUAAAUUGUCCUGGGUAUAUCUGGAUUAUUUGAAUGAUAUGCAUGUAAAAUCAUUCAAAAUGACAGAUUACUCGGUAUCAAUAUUGGACGUCGGUUGAUUUAAAAUUGCAGGCAGACAGCUAGGUCGUCCGAGAGUGGCUAGGGACCGGAUGAGCAUAUAUAAAUUAUGAUGUUGGCCGCACUAUUCGCGAUAUUUUGAAACAUUGGUUCUAUUGACGUUUAAAAUGUAAAAGAUGUACGAUAAUAAAUGAUAAAUAUAA